AUGGCUCCGUAUGCCGUUAAUGAGACCGCUGGCGCGCCUUCAGACCUGCUAGAUGAGGUGAUCAAGCCGCCAGAGGGCGUUAUCUUGCCACCAAAAGAUAUCAAAGUUAUUGUCGAGAAGACCGCGGGUUUCGUUGCGCGUAAUGGACAUGUGUUUGAAGACCGAGUUCGAGAGAAGGAGAAGAACAACACCAAGUUCUGCUUCCUGAAUCCCAACGAUGCCUACGCUGCGUUUUACGCAUGGCGACUCAGUGAAAUCAAAGCCGGGAGAGGGACGGCCGUGUCGGCUGGUCGCGUUGGAGAAGCUGCCCCGGUGGAAGAGGAAAAACCAAUUGCGCCCAAAGCUCCGCCAGAGUUCCAGUUCGCUGCUCGGAUGCCGAAUAUCAACGCUCUGGAUCUAGAGGUGGUCAAACUGACGGCGCUAUUCGUUGCGAAGAGGGGGAGAUCGUUCAUGACAUCUCUAUCCCAGCGCGAGACAAGAAACUUCCAAUUUGACUUCCUCCGCCCGCAGCACAGUCUAUAUCAAUUCUUCACGAGGCUGGUGGACCAAUACAGAGAGCUAUUACAGGUCGAGGGCCGCGAGAGUACUGUCACCGAGGCACAGCGAUUGGCAGAGCUCAAGGAGAACGUAAAGAAUAAAUACAACGUUCUGGGCCGCGCAAAACAGAGAGCUGAAUGGGUCAAGUACCAAGAGCUACAAAAACUGCAGAAGGAAGAGGAGGAGGAAGAAGAAAAAGUAGCCUAUGCCCAGAUCGACUGGCAUGACUUCGUGGUCGUCGAGACGGUCCUGUUUACGGAAGCAGACGAUCAGACAGAAUUACCUCCUCCAACCUCACUGAACGAUCUACAGACGGCAUCUCUGGAGCAAAAGGCCAUGAUGUCGCUACAGCCAAACAACAGACGAAUAGAAGAAGCCAUGCCCACUGAAGAUGACAGUACAAUAUACUACAACGCAACGACCGAUAUGCCACAUCAACCCGCUCUCCCCGUCCUACAACCUCAACGCCCUACAUCGACUGGUCCUAUGCCAUCAUCCUUCCCUUCGACAGCAGUAACGUCCACAUCCGCCUCCCUUUCCCCAGCUCCUCCUCCCGCAACCUCGUCUCCCGCUCCUCCUGUCCAGGAGCAUCACCCGUCCCGCGACCGGAUUCGCGCCGUACCCUCCCCAUCCCCUCUCCCAGGCCAACCUCCCAUGCGCAUCCGAUCCGACUACAUCCCCCGCGCCCAGGCCAAAAACCUCUCAAACACUAAUCAACCAACCUCCAUAUGUCCUAAUUGUCGCCAGAAAAUCCCCAUCGCCGAAAUGGAGCACCACAUGCGCAUUGAGUUACAGGAUCCACGCUGGAAAGAACAGCGCGCCAAAGCUGACGCGCGAUUUGCAAGCACAAACUUGUCAACGCUCGAUGUAGCCAAUAACUUAAAGCGAUUGGCUAGUCAGAGAAGUGAUGUGUUUGAUCCAGUGCUGUCAGGAGCAACUGGGACAGCAGGAUCAGGCGAAGGCGAGGGUCGAGACGGGAACGAGGAGAUGAGCCGGAAGAGAGUGGCUGUUGGACCCAAUGGAGUGCCUGUGACUAUGUCUGUACCAAUGCACCACCAACCACCAAUGUCCAUGCAUCAGGCAAUGCCCUCUGUGUCUGCUCAUGCCCACGCACCGGGGACAGUGCCAGGAGUCGCACCCGGAGCGCCUGGUACCAUGUCGAUGACUCCGGGGAUGAGCCCCGGAACUGGUCCUGGAGUCAGACCAACUCCCAAACCAGUCACGCAUAGCCUACCACAACCUCCCAUUCCUAAGCCACAAUCAGCCCAAUCACAAUCCCAAUCCCCCCAGCCUGAAGGUGAGUCUCAGAAAUCAGAUACCCCGCCGGUCGAUAUCAACGCGCAAAUACGAAAGAUACACGAGAAGAUGAAGCAGUGA